CUAUUUAUGCAUCGAUUUUCCAUCACCCACUCGCUGGCAAAGCGAUACUCACGAAAGAUGACUCCCAUAAUGCGGAUGCUGGCACUUGGACUCGGCCUGGCCUCCGUGGCUGAGGGCUGGUACGAUGAGACUGUGAAAGACCACACCCACCGCAAGAACUAUGUCGUCUCGGAGCAGAGCAGACUGCAGCUUGUGGAGCAGGACUUCGAGCUGGCGGCGAAUCUCAACGCAUACGCGGAGGAGCUGCAGAAGAAGAUCAGUGUGCUGAGGAGAGUGGCUGAGAAUUGGCGGCGGGCUUUGGACGAGGCAAAGGGCAGGGAGGAGGAGUACCUAUCGAGUCCGCUGCACAGUUUCCCGCUCAUCCGCACGUUGCACGAGGACUGGGGCCCCGUGGAGAGGCUCAUGCAGCAACUCGUGGGGCAAGAGCAGAUCGCUGCGUUGGAGCUGAUGCGGGAGCAUCUUCCUGGGGCGGACGAUGUGGCAGAGGCCAUGUGGGGAAUUUUCCGCAUUGUCCACACGCAUAAUCUCGAACCGAAGGAUGUGGCCGAGGGAGUCCUGGAUGGCAUCCAGUACAGGGGUCGGCUCUCUGCUUUGGACUGCCAGGCGCUGGGGAAGUUCUACUUCCACGUAGCCGACUACCAGACAGCCAUCAAGUGGCUGACCCUGUCCCAAGAUCUGAUGGAGGAGCAACCUCUGGAGUACUACGAGGAGCUGGGGGCCACGAGCAGUGGCAUUACCCUUCUGCUGGCCCGCUGCCUGGUGGCCUUAGACAGAAUCGACGAGGCACAGAUUCUUCUGAGGGGGGACAAGACGUUCGGGGACAGGGCCUACCACAUCGUAUCGCACUUCCAGGAGCAUCCACCGCAGCAAUCCAUCAACAUUGGGAGCAGGGCCUUCACAGAGAAAUUUAACCGCCUCUGCAGUUCCAUGAGCAGACGGAAGACGGACGGAUCCGCAGCCCACUCGAAGCCUUCGCGCCUGCAUUGUCGCUACAAUGCCACAACCACAGCCUUCCUGCGACUGGCCCCCCUACGGAUGGAGGAGCUCUCCUUGGACCCCUACAUCGUGCUGUACCACAAUGUCCUGAGCGACGAAGAGAUGGCGAAGCUGGAAAACAUGAGCACCCCUCUGCUACACCGCGCGCGCGUCUUCGAUAAGGAGACAAAAAAGCCCAAAAUCUCACCCGUCCGCUCCGCCGAUGAAGUCGGGAUCCCGAACCCCAAGUUGGUGACAGAGGAUAUACAGCUGGUGGAGUGCAUUCAGAAACGAAUGACGGAUCUCACGGGCCUCGUGCUAGCGAGCAUGAGACGUAUUCAAUUUCUAAAGUACGGCUUUGGCGGGAUCUACGUGCCCCACCACGACUUCUUCAGCGUGCACACAGAGACCUCCCGUCUCCAUGGUGAUCGCAUUGCCACCGUGAUCUUCUACCUGAACGAUGUGGAGCAUGGGGGGGCCACUGCCUUCCCCAAUUUGGAUCUGGUGGUGCCCACGGAGCGGGGCGCAGUCCUCUUCUGGCACAACAUGGAUGGCGAGACAUACGACCUUGACUAUCGCACCCUCCACGGCGCCUGUCCCGUUAUCGUUGGCACUAAAAUGGUGAUGGCGCGCUGGAUAUACGAGUGGGAUCAGAUGUUUGUGAAGUCUACCUACCAUCCACCUCGGCAGAAGGACUAUAGGCAAUUUAAUUAAGACUUCAGCUGUUGAAUAGCGCACGGGUGCAGCGACUCAAGUACUGACUCGCUGAUAAUAUUUUUGAAGAGCGGCGCUCUGGGAAAUCUUCUCUUAGCUGUUAAGAGUAAUAUAUCCUCUAAGUGAGGGUAAUUUGAGUGGGAACAGAGGAUUAAAACACUUGCUUUGAAGCUAAGAUCCCAACAAGACAAAGAUUCAAUUACGUGCUUGUACAUAGCCCACAAAAAUUUGUUGAAAAUUGGACCACUAUAUCAUAGAGUAUUGAUGGUAGGCACAAAGGUUGCUGAUAAAACCAGAGCUUUCAAAGUUCUUUCAAAUCGCAGCAUCACGGCUUCGCUUUGGGCUACUGUGUGCGCGAGGCCAUAAAAAAGAUCAAAUUUAUCCGAGAUGAGGUAGAAUUGGAUUAAAAUCAUUGGAAUGUAUUAGAAACAGGAACAGAUUAGAUACAGGCACUAAAGAACAAUGACAUUUAAAAGGGAUAAGUCAUAAAUUCCACAGUUCUGGCAUUGUCCAAAAUUAUUCGGCGGGAGUGUUACUCCUUUCAAGUGAUUUUAAACAAACACUUCCUCACAUUUGGUGGCCAUGCGAAUAGGCUAAUCCAUUUUUCACCUUCUUCCCAAAAACCCACAAUUUUGUAAUCGAGAUUGUAUGAACAAUA